UCCUUGUCCUCCUCACCAUUUCAGACAGCGCCUAAACGUAUUUCCUCAUCAUUGUGGAUAACGACGGCGACGACAAGGGCAGAGCGGUACAGGACCCUGUAUCAAGAUAUUCAUACAAUCAAUUCAGUAACAUGGCCUACAACAUCACGGCGACAUCGCUGACUCCAACACGGCCAGCGCCCCAGGCUCCGCAACGACGAGGACCUGACAGCCCACAGUUGUACAGUAGUUCGCUUGCCUCUUCAGGGUACAACUCCUCGUUCACGUACACGCCUACCUCACCGUCGACGUCGACGUAUACCCCAUCCUAUUCUGGCAUCGGCGGAUCACCAAAUCGUACCAUGGAAACAGGUCCGCCACCGUCUGUGGUUCGUAGUGGUUCUGUGAGCGUUAAGGAGGAGGGCACGUUUGCCAGCUGGAUCUGGCAAAAGAAGUGGCUAGUGCUGAAGGAGCAGACCUUAUCGAUACAUAAAUCUGAGACAUCGCCUCAGCAGACCGUGAUAUUGCUGCGAGAUAUUUCAAACAUCGAAAGGACCGAUCUUAAGCCGUACUGCUUGAUAUUGGAGGCCAAAGAGAAGCGGCUAUUCUUCUCCUUGAAAAACGAUGAAGAACUGUACAGCUGGCAAGACGAUAUCUAUACGCGCAGCCCUUUGAUGGGUGUGAGCAACCCAACUAACUUUGUGCAUAAGGUACAUGUCGGUUUUGACCCGGUUUCCGGAGCUUUCACAGGCAUGCCGGAACAAUGGAGCAAACUGUUGACCAAGUCGGCCAUCACACAGGAGGAUUACGCCAAAGAUCCACAAGCUGUUUUAGAAGUACUCGAGUUUUAUACAGAUCAUCAACAGCGUGAGAUGGAGGAGAACGCCCCUAUGUCGAGAGCGGGGCCUUCUAUGUUGUCGUACCCGGAUACAAGCGCACCUGCGCGAUUCAAUGCUGGCACAGGUCUCGGCGGGAUGGGAAAGUCCAAUUCGCCUCUCCCCCCGUCUUUGUCGUUGGACCUAUCUUCGCGUCCAGGGAUGAGAAGGCAAGACUCUGAAUCUUCUACCUCUAAUGGCGAUAUCCCCAGGGCUACUGCCAAUGGAGCAUAUAGUACGAUAUCGGCCAGCUCCUCCAGGGCGCAACUUCCUGUCGGCAACUUGCAGGCCUCCCGGCCUGCCCCUCCUCGACCCCUCUUAACUACCAAUAGAACUGCUCCAUCUGCUCCGAGACCAUCUGGCGAACAUACACCAUCUUCCGCAGACCUCCAGCUUCGUCAGAAAGCGAAAGGUCCACCUGUGGCCGCCGGAACAGUUCCAACGCGGCAAGAUUCUCUGCAAGGACAACAACAGACUCAACAGCCUCCUCCAAAAGUCCACCGUGAACCCUCUCCUCCCCAGCAGCGAUCCAAGACGCCUGAGGCAUCCAGCUCACGACCUCCCCUUGCGUCGAGCAAGACUGCUCCAGCAACUUCCGAGCCUGCGACUCACCCGGUGCCAGGCCCUGCCGGUGCGGCAGUGGGCCCUCCCCCUGUGAAACCGUUGAAUCCUAAGAAGGUUCAGAUAGAGGAGAGGCCGCCCAAGCCAUCGGGUAGCGUUGAAGCUGCUGCGGCAGCUCUGGAGAAGCCCAAGGAGAAGGAGAAGCGAAUUAGCACCAUGACAGAGGUGCAGAUCAUGGAGAAGUUGAGGUCAGUCGUGGCGCCGGAAGACCCGAAGACACUGUAUAGCAAGAUCAAGAAGGUUGGACAAGGUGCUUCUGGUCAUGUCUAUGUUGCCAAGACAAUUUCUACCGGAAAGAAGGUGGCCAUCAAGGAGAUGGACCUGUCGCAUCAGCCUCGCAAGGAACUGAUCGUAAAUGAAAUUCUGGUCAUGAAAGAGUCGCAACAUCCGAACAUUGUCAACUUCCUGGAGUCGUAUCUGGUCAAGAGCACGGAACUGUGGGUGGUCAUGGAAUAUAUGGAGGGAGGGGCGUUGACUGACAUAAUCGAGAACAAUACUCUCGAGGAGGAUCAAAUAUCGAGCAUCUGUCUGGAGACGUGCAAGGGACUUGGUCAUCUACACAGCCAAAGCAUCAUUCAUCGAGAUAUUAAAUCCGACAACGUCCUUCUUGACGCCCAAGGACGUGUUAAGAUCACCGAUUUCGGUUUUUGUGCCAAACUUACGGAUCAAAAGUCGAAACGGGCGACGAUGGUCGGGACGCCGUACUGGAUGGCGCCUGAAGUCGUCAAGCAGAAAGAGUAUGGAGCCAAGGUGGAUAUAUGGUCAUUGGGGAUCAUGGCUAUUGAAAUGAUUGAGAAUGAGCCACCUUAUCUUGAUGAAGAGCCAUUGAAGGCCCUUUACUUGAUUGCAACGAAUGGAACGCCGACGCUGAAGAGGCCGGAGGCGUUGAGUCGGGAACUGAAGGGAUUCUUAGCUGUGUGUUUGUGUGUGGACGUAAGCAGUCGGGCAACGGCGAAUGAGCUGCUUGAGCAUGAGUUCUUGAAGAAGGCUUGUAUGUCACCUGGGCUUGCACCUCUCUUGCGAUUCAGGAAUAGGCAAACAUGAGUCCGCUCUUCUGGUCUAUCUUUAUCCGCGCUCCACAAUUCUUUGCGCCUGACUAUCUAUAAUCACCCUUACUGUUGCUAUCAAACCCGUCCUGACCCACCACGAUGUCUGUUACGGUAACACCAUUAAUCAUCCACCUACCGGGCACGUCUCUCUUUUUCUCCGAGUCCUGGAUUCCUCCUGUUUAUCUCUAUCUCGACAUCGUAGUUCCACAGCUUUUCUUUCCUAACCUCCACGUCUCUUUCUUUUACUCUUACAGUUUCUGUUCUCAAGUCUGGAAAGGGUUCAUGCUUAUAAUGUACUAUCGAUGAAAAUGAGUAAAGGGAGAUGAGAUGGCGUUUCGAUGCACCUAGAAUGAGCUGUACUUGGGGUUCGGAGUGGGUAGAGUUUCAUGGAUUAGUUUGUUUCCUUAGUGACUUUUUGAUCUCGCAUCAAACAGUAAAAUAUAUAUUUACCAAGUCCGUC